UCCCUUUGUCUCACGAACAGGUGGACGACCAAAUGAAACUCCUCCAGAACUGCUGGAGCGAGCUCCUCAUCCUCGACCACAUCUUCCGUCAGGUGAUGCACGCCAAAGAGGGCUCCAUCCUAUUGGUCACCGGACAACAGGUGGAUUAUGCUGUAAUUGCCUCCCAAGCCGGAGCUACUCUAAACAACCUGAUGAGCCACGCUCAGGAGCUGGUGGGCAAGCUGCGCUCCCUGCAGCUGGACCAGAGGGAGUUCGUCUGCCUCAAGUUCCUGGUACUGUUCAGCUUGGACGUGAAGAACCUGGAGAACUUCCACCUGGUGGAGAGCGUCCAGGAGCAGGUGAACGCGGUGCUGCUGGACUACGUCAUGUGUAACUAUCCCCAGCAGACAGACAGGUUUGGCCAGCUGCUCCUGCGGCUGCCUGAGAUCCGGGCCAUCAGCCUCCAGGCCGAGGAGUACCUCUACUACAAGCACCUGAACGGAGACGUGCCCUGCAACAACCUGCUUAUCGAGAUGCUACACGCCAAGAGAGCCUGAUGAGACUGCAGAUGGGAUCCUGAUCGUUUGGCUGUUUUGUUGGUACGGACCAAGUCCUUACCUGCAGAACAGAAACCGACCCAGAACAGACUCCUCCCAUGUUAAAGUUAGACUUAGUGAUUCUGGGGCAGGAGGCAUCCGUACCUCUCAUUUAUCGUAAAGACAUGCAGAAAUGGACACCCACACUUCCACAUGCUGUGCACACACAUACACACACACACACACACACGCGAGCACACACAUACAAACACAUUUAGGCACACACUCACACACACACGCGUUCAAAUUCAUACAAUAUGCAUAUAUAUUACACACACACACACACACAUCCCUUCACUCUAAGACAGAUGCGUCUGGAGCUCUGGGUAAAUCUUCCAGAGAUGGCGAGAAACAGCUGAAAUGCUUGAGAACUGUCCAUUUGUCUCAUGGGACAUGGAAGAUACCUUUUGUCUGUUUUUAAUAAAAACACAAACCAUCAAGGUGAUACAAGGACCAACGGACUGUAACUGAAGGAACAAAACCAAUGAGUAUUCUAAACCUCUCACACUGUUAAAGGGUUUUGAGCAACGAAGAGAGAGAGAGAGAGAGAGAGCCAACCACCUUAUGAUCACAGACCCUUAUGAUGUCUGUGGUGAGGGCUUCAAAGGGGAGCAGGGAUUUUGGCUGAAGGAAUUUAGAGCACUCUUUUUUUAGACUGGCCCAUCGUUGGCAGGGUUGGUAAUGUAUUGGGCUGUAUUGGGUACUGUAUUGGGCAGUCCAGAGCAGCCUGUCAGCUGGGCAAGAGUCUCUUUUCGUCACCUGGUUCAAAGACACACAGUCUGCAUGGCUAAUAGGCCAGACAGACAGACAGACAGACAGCAAUAGAAAACAGCUGAAAAGGUCAGACCCUGACAGAGACUCAUAUGACGGUCAGUAAGUAUUUUUUGAUCCCUCGUUAAAAAAAACACAAAAAAAACACGAACAAAAUGUAUGAAAACUUGAUGGAACAAAAAAAGAUAAGAUAUAUAAAAACAUUUUAGAAAAUGGCAGUUAUUUCCUCCUCUUGGUCAUUGAUGCUCCUCUUUGUAACCACCCUAUAAUCUCCCUCCAACCUUCCCAAAACGGUUCUUUACAUAAGUAAAACACAUUUUACACACCAUAGUAAGUAAUUAGAAAAUAAUUUUAUGGUUGUACCCCCCAGGAGGAGAAACUCUGCCUUUUGUCUGAACAGACCAAAGCUUGCUGCAGAACAUCAAACAAAAAUGUAACAAAACCUUAACUAUCAGUAUUAUAAAUUUGUGAUGUCACAGUCAUGUGAGUCUUGCCUUAUUUCAUUACCAUGCUAGCUAACCGUGCAGAUGUGAAUGAAAUUAUGUACAAAUAUAUAUAAAGUAUUAAUGUUAUAUACAUUUUAAAAAUUCAAUAAUUCAAGAUGUGUUUACGUUCAAGCUGUCCCGUGGAAGAGAACUGUGAGGAAGUAAAUUGCAAAGCAAUGAUUUACAGAAAAAAACAGAAAAAAACACAAAAUAGAUUCUGGUGUGCUUUCUUUGGUGUGUACAGUGUUAUACCGUUUAUUUCUCGUUGUUUCUUUAACCAGUACUUAAUUAUGUUGUGAGACACAAAAAAUCAGAAAGUAAUCUCACUUAAAAUGUCAUUUCUAACAGUUUUUUUCUGUUGGCAUUCAAAUGUUUUUUGCAUACUGUGUAAGAGUUUCGGGCACUUGUUUUUUGUUGAACUUUUUAAAAUUAUUUUCCAAUGUUCUACCUUUCGGUAUAUGUCACUGGUUACGCUUAAAAAUGAAAAUAACUUAUUGCAUCUUGGUUUUGUCCUUUUGUGUGUUAUAAGCACAAGGCGACAAGUCCAAAUAUAUUUGUUUAGUGUUGCAUGUUAUGUUUUUUUACUUAUUAUCGAUGCAGUUCAGGAACAAAACAAUGAUCUUCAUAAUGAUCUCCGUAAUUUAGUUUUUAUUAAUUGUCUAUUAGGAGUCUGAGCUUUAAAUUAGAAAAAAUACACUCCUCUCCGAAUAUAUUUGGACAGUGAAGCGAAAAUGUAAAAUGUGUCUUUUUACUCCAUCAUUCUUUUAUACUAAAACAAUUGCUCAGAGAAAUAUAUUUUGUCUAACAAUUAAUAAUACAUUGUUUUAUAAAAAAACUAGGGGUCAAAAUUAUCUUGAUCAAAAAGGUACCAAUAAUGAUGGACCUGACUGUAUGAAAAUACCCUCAAAUAAAAGCUGACUGUUCUGUCGCCUUACAUUAAACAUUUUAUCUAAAAUCUAAAAGGCUGGAGUAUUGAUACAAAUUUUAAAAUGUAGCUUCAUUGUCUCAAUAAAUAUGUAGGGGAGUGUAAUUAUUGUAUUUAAGUUAAUGGGUAUGACUGACACUGUCCUUGCAUCAGUUGUUUCGUAUUGAAAUUCAACUAGCUUCACAUUUCUGUGCCGUUUGUUCUAUACCAAAGACGGUAUUGGUCCCGUGAGCUGUGCUUACCUGUGAUGUGUUGUAACUGAACGAACAAACAGCUUUUCCCCCCAGCCGUCCAGAUGUUUGAGCUGUGGUUACCUGUGAUGUGUCGCAAUUGAACGAACAAACAGAUUUUCCCCCCAGCCGUCCAGAAGUUUGAGCUGUGCUUACCUGUGAUAUGUCGCAAUUGAACAAACAAACAACUUUUCCCCCCAGCCGUCCAGAAGUUUGAGCCGUGGUUACCUGUGAUGUGUCGUAACUGAACAAACAGUCCCCCCCCCCCCCCCCCCAGCCUUCCUGAAGUUUGGCAUUUUGUAAUUUCAGUUUGUAGAAUUAUAUUGCUGUUGUCUUACACACUUUUACCAAACACUGACUUCAGAAGGUCCCCAAUCAUUUGUGAUACACACAAACCUGUCAAGUAUAUAUUGUAUAUGAUCAUCUGCAUUUAAGUCAUCGAUGUCAAAAUCGAUCAAUUCUUUUUAAAGAUGCACUAUGGUGAAAAACAAAAACACUGAUAUUGAAAAACAACGCUCAAAUAUACAUUUAUUUUAAUGUUUUUAUUUUUAUAUUUGUUUUGGCAUGAAUCUGCUUCCAUAAUUAACUGUGUGUAUUGAUUGACCAUCUCUAUCAGUCCAUUCUCAUUCUGUGGGUUCUGGUAAAGUUCUGCAGCUGCCUUGGAUGUCCUCAAACACACGCACCACUCUUGAACGUGCUGACCCACUACUUGUCUAUGACCCCCCCCACCCCACCCACCCCCCACCGCGCUGUCAUACUGCCACCCUUUCAUGUCACUUCCUGGUCUGGGGAGUUCUUUCAAAGCUGAUGGACUUUUUCCUCAUAUUUCAAUAAAUAAUUCUAUGCCAACAA